AUGAACAUAUCCUUCCUCCAUACCUGUCCUCAUUUUGCGAGGUCAAGCGGCAUUCGAGCCACGAAAUGGUUGUCGGGUGCUUUCGCUAGCAGACAUUACGCGACCCACCGUGAUCCUACAAUUGCUUCUUCACCGCUUUCCCAGUCGCUCGACACAGGACGACGGAGUACAUCUCGACUCGAGUCUGCGGGCCCGUUUCAACUCGGAGUCUCGCCAAAUCGUGGACAGCCCGCCAAGAAAUGGUCUGAGCUCAGUGCCGGAGGCAAAGUCAUACGCACAGGUGCUCGCACGACGAAUCUGACCGUGAUUUUGCUCGGAGCCGGGUUCUCGGCCUUGCUGGUCUACUCCUUAACUACUGAGCUCUUUUCGAAGAACUCACCAACGGUGCUGUACGGUGAUGCUUGCAAACGAAUCACGGCUUCUCCUCAGGUCGCAAAAUAUAUGAACGGUCCAUUCACCUUCCACAAUAACCCGCCCUCGGCUAUCCGUCCUCGGCACCGCAAUCGACAUGUCUCGUCCCAAAUUAUGGUUGACUCAACAGGCCGAGAACACAUGAUCAUGAACUUUUACAUACAGGGCAAGCCACCGGGUUCACAGCAUACAUCUGACGAAUCAUACUUUGACUCGAUGUCAACUUGGAGCAAGGAGACUCUUGAGUCAUUCUCAAAGAUGACAACAGAUGAUGGUAUCGUUUGGGUGAAAGACACAGCUGCGGACAUAUCGGAACGAGCUAAGAGACUUUUCAAAUAUCUGAGCGGCUCGCCUAUGCCUCCACCGCCGUUACCUACUCCAUCACUGUCACCCGAGGGAAAGGAUAUGUCCAGAAGGCAGGAUAGCGGGGUAUGGAGUCUAACGGGGAUGUUCUCCUCUCUGAAAGGCACGAAAUCAGCAUAUUCUGAGGCCGCUACAUCCGAACCAGACGGCAGAAUAUGGACCGAGGGCGAAGUACACGCUGAUUUGAUCAAGAAUAACGAUGGUUACUUCGUGUUCCGCUAUCUGUUGAUCGACAUCCCGAGUUCGCGGUCCAGGGACUCGGUACGCGUUUUCGUUGAGCGCGCCCCGACUGUGAGGAUAGACGAGCCGGUCAUACGAUGGAAUUCAUAG